AUGGAUACUUUCACACGCACUUCGAAGACGUCAAGUUCUAGGGAGCUGGAGAAUCUGAUUGCAGAGACCUCACAAAUAUUGCCUGAAGAUUAUACAGUCCAACUUCUUGACGCAUUCUUGCAGUUUAAAGAAAGUGGUGUGGCGGCUGGCAUACUAAACAAAGACUCUGAUAUGCUGGACUUACAGUACAUCUUUGGUACCGCAGUCGACCUUGGAUUGGCGGAAUGGGUGACACCAGAGACUUUCGGCCUCGAGGAGUCAAGCGAACAAGAACCCUCCACAGUACACUCAACGGGAGAGCGAGCCUUCAAUGCGGAACUAAAAUGGGUCGUCGACCUACAGUCACCAAGCCAACUGAGAACGCUGCCGGCGAAACUCGCCCACAGUGGACAUUAUGAAUGGCUAGGCCCAGAGGGAACCGGAUCACCCAAAUACCUUUGGGACAGCGACCUUUCGCAAACGGUUUUAGCGACCCCAGAACGACUCCAACAAGGCUACAUCGCCGUCUCAUAUACCUGGGGAAGGUUCAAAGAAAGCUACGGCCCGGUCAACGGCACUCCCUGGAAUGUCCCGGUUAUCAAGUCCAGCGUUUUUGGACAGAUGCUCAAUCAAAUGAAGGAUAUUAUGGCCGUUAUUCCGGUAUGCCGAUAUUUCUGGGUUGAUGUGCUGUGCAUCAACCAAGAUGACGAGAACCAAAAGAAGGAAGAGAUCGCUAAGCAGGCUUCUAUUUUCGGAAAUGCUAAGGCGUGCUUAGGCUAUUUAUGGUCGCUUGACUCUGAGGACGAGCUCGCGCAUAUUAUGGCAAGUUUUGGAGACCAACUGCUGUGGUCGCUUAUCUUAACUUCAUCCGAUUUUCGAAUGCAAAGUCAACUGAAUGGUCUCGAGAAACUCCCGGCUCAUAUUCAAAAGAAACUUGACGGAAAACUACGGUUAGACCCUUGGUUCACGUCCCUCUGGGCUCUUCAGGAAAUGGUACUAGCUCCGGCGCAGAUUUGGAUGACAAGGUCUGGCAGUUUCUGCACUGUGAACAGAUCAAUAGUAACAACUCGGUUUUUUGCUCAAGCACUUGAAAUAAUGAAUUGGGCACUCGGAUUCCGUCAACAAAUGUGGGAUUCUGCCAUCGUUGGCGGGUGUCCCGUCUUGAGUCCAGUGGACGCAGCAAUUGCCGCUUCUCAGAUAUUGGAGAGGCAUCUUACCGAACAAAAUGAAGCCCAAAAGUCGUGGGAGCAUAGCGUGACGGCCGAACAGCGAAAUGCGGCGGAGAUGAGAGUCAAAGACAUAAAUAUUUUGAAUGUUAUGAUGGGUCAGGACCAGGAUGUCCGAAACGUUCCCGAAUCCCUGCAGAAAAGACAGACCGAUGAGAUCAUAGGUUCUAAAGCCUUGAAGCGCUGGCUAGACUGGGGCUUUGGAGAGGCCUGUCUCAACAUUGCGGUCCAAGCAUCCCGAUCAGCCAUCAUCGUUGCCGGAGCAAAUCGCCAUACAAGCAAGCCACGGGCGGAGGCUAUGCUAGCUGCGCUCAAGAUUUCUCAACUUCCCCAAGAAUACAACCCCAACGAAAACUUGACUCCUGGUGCUCUACCACAGUGGCUCCAGCAAACAUUGGUGGCAUUUGAGUCUUCAAUGUACUUCUACGUCUCCCAUUCGUGGAGAUCUAUGUCCGAAACACGAGCACAAUCAUCUCCCUUGUUCGUCAAGCACGAUUCGUUCCUGGCCUACGACAAUAUCCACAACGAGUCAGCACCUGCGAUUCCCGCUCUCGCGUCUGGGUUUCUCACCAGCAUGCUGCCAUCAAUGGGAACCAGAUCCUUCCCACUCACUGACUUCACUCUAACACAUUACUCCGCAUACGCAACGUCGGGCUGGCAUCUUCACCGCGAAGGCGUCAUGCACCUCCCUUACGGCGCUGCCAUCCAAGACAUCCGCAACAAAGAUACGGGGGACAUGACUCUGACGACGAACGGGCCCGAACAUGAAGUAAGCACCAACUUGCCCUCCGCCGUCCGUGCCAUUCAAGAACUUGACUACGUCAAAGAAUCCUUCGGCCAGUCUUGCCGCGUCAUUUUCCUCCCUCUGCUUUAUAUAGGAGACCCAACUGCAGGAUUGCCGCCUGGUCGCAGCCACACUCUCACCUCAGCAGGAGACAACCCAGUGGUCCGGGGAAUUGUGCUGGUCAGCCGGGGAUCCAGCAAACGACACCAUUCGAUGACCUUCUGGUCGAAAGCAGGCCUGUAUUCAGCAACGCUCGUCCGCGUUAAGCCUCUCGAGUGGCAGGAUGGUAUCCUGGUUGGUUCUGCGUUGGAGGAGUCCGCGGUUACUAGGGACAAAGAGCUAUGCGACUUCAACUUGUGCAACAAGCCUUAUUUGUGGGGACCGAAGGUCAGGCGGCGGUUAAUCGACGUUGAUUGA